AUGGCUUUCCGAUCAGCCCUUCGUACAGCUUUACCACAAAACGUUAGCCGAUCAUUUUCCACUUCGGCCGUUCAAAAUGAUAUCGCACGAAUGCAAUUAUUAGGUCGUUUGGUUGCUGAUCCUGAACAACGUACUACCAGAACGGGAAAAGAUUAUGUUAAAUAUACAGUUGCAACAACAGAUCCGUUAGGACCACCAAAUGAAUCAGGAGAACGUGGAGAACCAACUUCUUCUUUUCAUUCAAUCUUUGCUUUUGGUGAAGGACCUGUUUCACGUUUAACAAAAUUAACAAAAGGAACCCAAGUUUUAGUGGAUGCUGAUUUCAAAGUACAAUAUGAACCUUCUGAAUCCGGCGGUGGUCAAACAAAUUAUCUCGUUCAACAUCGUUCUUUGACUGUCGUUUCACGUCCAAAGCCUGCCGGUGAAGCGUAA